AUGUCCCAACCCACAACCCUCGCGGGCCUCACCCCCCGCGAAGCCAUCGCCGACGCCAUGUACCGCUGCGUAAUCGGGCUCGACACGGCAGACCUCCCACUCUUCGAAUCCGCCUGGUCCAAAGACUCGCCCGUCCUCUUCGACAUGGGCACGGGCGCCAUGCACGGCCUCGAAGACAUCAAGUCCAAACUCUACAACUUCAUCGCUCCCCUGGACACGCAUCACAACUGCAGCAAUGUCCGGAUCGAUGCGAAGCCGGGGGCGAAGACGGCGUAUUUGACGGCGUAUUCGAUCGCGCAACACCAUCGGGCUGGCGAGGGGGUGGAUACGAGCACGAAGCAUUUGACUAGUGGGGCGCAGUAUUUUCUGGAUGUGGUCGAGGAUGGGGAUAGGGUGUGGAGGAUUAAGGAGUGGAGGAUGACGGUUAUGUGGUUGGAUGGGGAUGCGAGUAUUGUUGGGAGGUAG